CUGGCCGUAGCCGCGCGUGUAAACAUGAAUGUUGUUGCCAUAGCGCCGUUGUUACCGUAAUUAGUCGUGUCUACACAACACGGUUACAUGUACAUUGUAUUUGCCGUCGAUAGCAGGAUGCCGUCUCCAAUUUGUGAAAUGUAGGCCGGUACGUUGCUUCAAGCGAAGGUACCCUGAAAGGCCAUGACGGCAUCCAGCCCGGGUUUGACAACAACAACAUGGGGUCUACACGCGAACGGUACCACUUCCCCUACCACCACAGCUUACACCAUGCAGACGACAUUCGGGACUGACGCAGCCGCCAUCUUGGUUCCCUCGCCAACCGUUGCCAUGGCGACCGACAACGUUACCAUGGUGAUUCCGACGACAACACCAACAACGAUGCUCAUCAACAACAACUUCACUCACCUGAGAAAUCUGACCAAAGCUUCUAACGUGUACGAUCAUGGUUUGGAACUUUCGGUUGGGUCCUCAGUGGCCUUGGCCUUGUCCAUGGUGGGAUGCACCGUGGUGACCAUACUGGCGAACUUGACUGUGAUCUUGGUGAUCGCCUUCACCAGGCGGUUGCACACGGUGACGUCAGCGUUUCUCGUGAACUUGGCCGCCAGUGACCUGAUCGUCGGGGUCGGGGUCAUGCCGGUGGUCACCAGUAAUGUGGUCAACGACGGCUGGGCGUAUGGACAGCCUGUGUGCAAAGUGGUCGGGUUCGUGACCCUCCUCUCGUGCAUCAGCUCCGUUUUAACUCUCGCCGCCAUUGCGCUGGACAGAUACAACGCCAUUAUAAACUGUCUCAAGUACCACACCGACGCCACCUCAAAAAAGACCGCUCGGAACCUAGUCUGGAUCUGGGUGCAGGCGCUUGUGUGCAGCGCUCCGCCUCUGAUGGGGUGGGGAGGGUACGCGUACGGACGGGCUCGCUUCGCCUGCUCGGCCGACUGGACCCAGGCGAUGUCCUACACUCUCUUCGUGGCGGUCACGUGCUUCCUGCUUCCCGCCAUUGUCGUCAUCGUGUGCUACGCGCGGAUCGUCAAAGUCGCGCGAGAUCACGCGAGACGGAUCACAGACGUGCGCGAGAACCUUAACGCUAACAGCUCGUCUCAGGAGGACUUCACAACUGUCAGGUACAUCAUUCCAGCUGUGUCCAUCAUCGGGGACCUGCCAAGCUUCUGUACCUUCAACCCCGCCGUUCCCGCUGAGCCAGACAGUAUCUCCCUAGCCAGUAACGACAGACACCCCGCUCCAAGCCAGGCCAGGGCUGCCUACAGACUCUUCGUGCUCAUCUUCGUGUACUUCUGUUGCUGGACGCCGUAUGUGGUCGUACACUUGAACGAGCUGUUUAGGAAACACGAGGUUGGGCCGUCGUGGGGACACCCGACGCCACCGUGGGUGUUCACUAUGGCCACUUGGUUGGCUCUAUCCAACUCUAUGGUGAACCCGCUGGUGUACGCGUUCCGGAGCAGGAAGUUCAGGAACUCCCUCCGCCGGCUGUGGCGGAAGUUACGGAACGACAACGCUCAGCCGGAGAACAGGCGGACUGUGGAGACGGUGGCGAGUCGACGGCGGGUCAGCACCAUCAGUUCGGCAAGCACGUACCUGACCAUGCUGCGCUCGCAGUCCUCCACGCCGCCUACGCAGGGCGGAGCCGGCAGCCCUUCUCCUUUCCCAGCACUACAGAGCGUCGGAGAGGACAGCGUUUUUGAGGACAGUAACUCGAACAACAAACCUGGAAGCGGCGGUAACAACAGCGCGUUGUUGAGCCCGAACGUGCACCACGUCAUCGUAAGGUCGCGUAGCUGCGCUGCGGAUGUCCUGGUGUCACCACCCGGUGGUCUAGGCGCAAACGACGUCCCCCUAGCGGAUUUACGCCGAAGUUCAGUCCCGACGCCGAGCUCCAUGUUCCUAGAGGUCCCGCGGGCUCCGUCCAUGCUUCCGCCUCUCAGGAGAGAGAAGCUGCCGCCGCAUGUCGUGGACACAGCCGAAACCGUCAGCCUGGAUUCUAACAAGUGCGCAGUCAUGCUGCGCGUCGAUUCCGCGUCAGAGUCGUCGCUAGGCAGCCGCGCGUCGCUAGGCAACGCCAAGGACGUCGCCAAGGAGACGGGUCCGCGCGCGAAAGUCAGGAAUCCCAAGACGGCGAAAGCCUGA